AUGUCGUCCAAAACCAGUGAAUGGAAGUGCUCUCUACAGCCAUCAGCUCGAUUGCCAGACGAAGGUCUUCCAGCGACGUUACUUCCUAUUUCAUCCGGUGAGACCGUGACCCAGCCUUUCUCAUUUGAGGUUCUGAAGUCACUUGAUGGUAUCUGCUUUCAGACACUUGAGAAGCAAGAUGGCCUCAAGUCUUUGAUCAAUGCCUACUCGCGUUGGAUCAUGGAAGUGACUGCGCAAGAGCGUGUUGCAUUUUUAGUAACCGAACGAGAUCAUGAUCUGGCUUCCAGGUGUGCAGUUGUAUCAUCAAGCCGCCUCCCUGGAGAUGAGAUGUUAGAGUGGGAGGCGUAUGAGGCCUCUUUGGAAAGCCCUACUGGGGAGCUUGAGACCUUGGAGUUUGCAUUAUGCCUGAGAUGCGAAGCCGGAAUCGAAGAAUCUCUGAAAAUUUUGGUCCGAGUGGCGUUGUGUAUAGAUCUGCAAUCAUCGACAGCCAUUUUCGCGCACCGAGUCGACUCAAAAAAUGAUGGCUAUUUAUCGAACCUCGGGCAAAGGCUAAAUACGAUUCUAAAAUACGAAAAGGACCCGAGUGAGAGAAUGGACUUUUGGGAAAGAGAGUUAAAGGGGUUUGCCGGCCUCGGUGAUAUUCAGUUCCCAACACUCGCCUGCACACGGUCGUUGGAGCCCCCAGCCAGCCCCACUUGCACUCGAACAAGCCUUACUUUACAAGCUUCAUGGGAGCAACUGGACAACCUCGCUCAACAGCUUGGCCUCAAGUCAGGCGUCUCUGUGGUCCGGGGAGCAUUUGCAUAUACCCUGGCCGAAUAUACGGAGACAGACAAGAUUAUUUUGGGAGAUCAAGACCUGGCAAAUUUGACCCAAGACAGUUCGAUCAACCUGAUCCCAAUCCGUAUUCUACCACAAGAUAACUCUGAGGAUUUCCUAUGUCGACUUGACAAGUUCCAGCGAACUGUGGCUGCCAUACCAAGUCCCAAUGUCCAGGACCUUCGAGACGUUCUCAGAAUUCCUUCGUCUCAGGCCCCAUACAAUGCUGUAUUCGUGUACCGGCAGCUCGCCGCUCAAGAAUCUGAUCCGGGAUGCUCACGCGAUGCAUCCCGGACAUCUCUUGAAGCCCCGAUAGAACUCAAACUUCAAACUUCAGACAAGGGCCAACCGAUUUGCUCACUUUCGUCUCAGUCGCUCUUGAUGGAUUCUUCCCAUUUAGAACUUCUCAUGAAACAGAUCGAUUCUUUGGUCACCACAAUGUGCUCCGCACCUGCAGAGCACAUUCACGACCUCACCCAACUAUUCCCAAAAGAACUUAUCUCUAUCCACUCCCCAGUGGUAAGCGAUGACGUCAAAAUGGCUCCAUUGAUAUCCCCGGCUUACUGGGUUGAUCAUUGGGCUUCUUCCAAUCCCUCUUGGAUUGGGCUUGAAAUCAUCGAUGCAAUCAGCGAAGACGAUACAGUAUCCCGAACAUGGACUUAUCGCGAUCUUUCCGAAACCUCAAGCCGGCUCUGCGGUUGGCUCGUGAACCGUGGAUGGCACAACAGGUCAAUAGCAGUGUGCUUGGAUCGCUCAUUCAUGGCGUACUGUUUGGUACUAGCUAUUUGGAAGAGUGGAAACUGCUAUGUCCCAAUCGCUGAAGAUCUUCCCGAGGCCCGGCAAUUAUUUCUUCUCUCUGAUAGUGGAGCGAGUGCUUUCUUUGUCGACGAGAAGGUCUCGAAGAUCCUUCUUUCUACUGAAAGUUGCGAAGUGAUUGAUAUUGCCAGUCUAGAGAUCUGUGCAAAUUCCGAGAGCAUCGAAGACAAGCAAUCAAUUGAUCCGAAGCCGUCAGAUGAUUGCUACCUUCUCUAUACUUCUGGAUCUACAGGAGCACCGAAGGGUGUUCUUGUCAGUCGGGGAAACCUGUCCGCUUUUACUGAGGCACAGUCUGAUUAUAUCUGUCGCGAUGUUCCAGACACGCCAAAGUUGAAGGGUGUUGGGAGUUACCUUGCGCAUGCCAGUCGAGCUUUUGAUGUGCAUAUAUGUGAGAUGGUCCUCGGAUGGAGACAUGGACUUCGCCUUGUCACCGGCCAGCGAAGUAUGCUUCUGGACAACCUAUUCCUGGUUCUUAGGCGCUUCAAGAUUACGCAUGCUGGUUUCGUACCCUCACUUCUCGAACAUGCAGGAGUUAGUGCAGAAUCGUUGCCUGACUUACGCUACCUUGGAGUCGGAGGGGAAAAGAUUUCAGAGACAAUCAUUGAGCGAUUUGUUGGGAAACAGUCAAUUUCUCUCGUCAAUGCAUACGGACCAACCGAAGCCACGAUAGGCUUCACUAGCCAUACCGUGAAGCCCUGGUCAACGGUACGCAAUAUCGGCACCGCCGUGGGAAAUAUUACCGUCCACGUCCUGGAAUCGAAUUCGUCAAAAUAUGUGAAGCGAGGCCAAGCAGGCGAGCUCUGUGUCACAGGUGAUUUAGUCGCCAGCGGUUAUCACCGGAGGCCCGAUGCGGCGGGCUUCGCUGAUCAUCAUGGACAGCGAAUGUAUCGUACGGGAGACAUCGUGCGCCUGAUGGCAAAUGAUUGCAUUGAAUAUCUUGGACGACGAGACAGUCAGGCUAAGAUACGUGGCCAGCGUCUUGAGCUUGAAGAAGUCUCCAUUGCCAUUCGUCGUUGCGCGGGGUUUCCAGUCAAUGUGACUUCUAUGGUGACUCCUUCUCCAAUCACGAAACGACCUCAGUUGGUCUCUUUCAUCAGCCCAUCUGGUAACCGACUAGAUCCUGCCAGCACCGAAGUCACCUUUCUGAAGAGUCACUACCAGGAAUGGGUGCCAAAGAUUUUGGAAAGUUGCCGAACCGAGUUGCCUGCCUACAUGGUCCCCAGUGUUCUACUUCCAGUCUCUUUCAUACCUAUCCAAAUAUCGGGCAAAGCAGACACUCGUCGUCUUGUUGCAUUAUAUGAAACAAUUCCUAUCUCGGACUUGCUGUUAGGACCAGGGGUGGUGGAUACGGAGCCCAUCUUCGAACCUGACUCGGAAUCCAACCAAGAAACAAAUUCGGAUCCCCAUUUCGAACCAGAUGGUGCAGAUAUGACAGCCGGUGAGAUGCAAGUUCGAAAUAUAAUUUGCUCUCAAAUAGACGCAGACCCAGGAUCUGUCACUAGAGCAACGAGCAUCUUCCAACUGGGGAUUGAUAGUCUGGGUGCCCUCGGUGUGGCGGGAAAAAUGCGCCAGGCAGGAUACACAUGCUCGGCUGUCGAUAUCCUCAGCAAAGCUACAGUCGCAAAACUCGCAUUAUUGCCAAAUACGAGCAAAUUCCCCAGCCCAGAGCAAAGAAAAAGCUUUUCCGAGGAACAAGAAGCCGGUGUUUCGCACAGAUUAGCGCAGCUUGACCAGAACUUCCGCAAUUCCCAAGCGCAUAUUCCGAAUUCUUCAAUUUCCGUUAUCCGUCCAUGUCUGCCUCUACAGGAGAGCAUUGUCUCUAGCUCUGUGGGCAGUCCAAAGCCCUUAUAUGUCAAUCAUAUUAUGUGCCGCCUUGGAAAUUCUGUCAAACUCACAAAUCUGAAGUCCGCGUUCGAAGACUUGAUGCACCAAAAUGAAAUUCUCCGCACGUGCUUCCCGAUUGUGGACAAUAAGGUAUUGCAAGUUGUUCUGAAACCUCGCAUGGUGACCAUCCCCUGGAACGAAGUUGUUGUCUCUGACGAAAACGUCGCCCGCGGUCUUUUCAAUACGCGCCAGGCCGGAAUUGCAUCCAACAUCAUCCAGAAAAUCGAGAAAGAGCCCCCGUUCCAUAUUCUUGCAGCUUCUCCGAUAUGUGAAGAAGACCCAGGCUGGUUCAUGCUGUCGAUUCAUCAUUCUAUCUUUGACGGUGCUAGCAUGGGUAUCUUCCUCAAACAACUCCACCAUCACUACACUGGCAAUGCAGCAAUGUGCCCAGUGGAUCUCGCUCCUCUUUAUAAUUACAUGGUGAUGAAUGCUGAAGAAGAUACUGAAAGCUUCUGGUCUCGUUAUCUUGAUGGCUACUUGCCGGGUAUUGUUGAGGAUGAUGAUAGCGAUGGUGGAUCUUACUCCAUCAUGACAAAGACUCUACCUUUCGGAUUAUCAUCUCUCUCCAAAAUCGCUUCCGAGGCCUCUUCGACUACUCCAAUCAUGCUGGAAACGGUAUGGUCAAUUGUGCUAGCAGAGUGUCUAGACCAACGAGAUGUUAUAUUCGGGCGUGUGAUGAAUGGCCGGAGCAUCCCGGUCAAUUCAGUGGAAGAAAUGCUUGUUCCACUCGUGACUACCGUCCCUGCUCGGUUCAGACUUCCCUCUAUCAGAUCAAGUCUGCUGGAACUUGCUAAGUUUCAUACACAGGCUAUGUUUGAGUCUCUUCCUCAUCAGCAUACACCCCUUCGCGCGAUCCAACGAUACACUCGGGUGCCAGGUCCAUUAUUCAACACCUUGAUCUCAUACAUCGUCACUAGCCCCCAAUCACCUUGGGAAGAUAUGUUGACCGAAAUGGAUAGCGUUAUGCCAGCUGAUUAUCCUCUUGCUCUCGAGAUCAAUGCGGAGCCAGGCGUUGACCGAAUCACGUUGCGUUUGCGAAUUUCCAAAGCUCUCUCUUCCAAUGAACGAUAUGCCUCCCUCGUGGAAAGAACUUCUGAUCUUCUCACGGACCUGGUUUCAAAUGGGGAUGCUAUCAUUGAGGCAACAGAAUCAUCAAUGAAACAAAAGCCAACGAAGCUUGCAUGGGAUGAAUCUCAAUGGACUGACGUCGAAAGAAAGAUUCAACAGGUCGUGGCUGACGUGUCAGGUCUUUCGGAAUCGCAAGUUUCGAAGAAUGCUUCAUUUUUUGCAUUGGGAAUUGACUCGGUGAUUUCAAUUCAUCUAGCGCGUUGCUUGAAGAAAGAAAAUAUUGACGCUUCUCCGAGUGAUAUCUUGAGGCAUCCAUCCAUUGGGGCUUUACACAAUCAUCUCGGGAGGCCUCGUGCUGUAUCACUCCAAGUGGAAACUCUCGAAAUAUCCUUAGACCAUGAUGUUGGCGCAGAACUGUUUCAUUCAGAUGACUUAAUUGUUGAGACUUACCCUUGCACACCUCUCCAAACCGCAAUGAUUGGUCAAUGCUUAAGUACCGCGGGCAAGGGAUACCUUCAUCACCAUGUGGUAACUCUCAGUGGCUCACUCGACUUGGAGAGACUGUUCGAUGCGUGGCAGGAAACGGUAAAAAAUACCGAUAUUCUUCGCACUUCAUUCCACCGCCAGGGCACGAAUAACCAAUUUCAUGCUGCGGUUCACAAAUAUCCCCUCGUUCAAUGGUCGCACCAGUCAAACAUCGCUUCGCUACCCCAGGCCAUCGAGACGGUAUCUGAAGACGCAUUCUACCCUAGCAUUGAAAGCUUCAACAAGCCUCCAUGGAAAGUCACUUUACUCACUGGGAGUUCCCAGCAAUUGAUGGUUCUCACGAUGCAUCAUUGUCUGUACGAUGGAUUUUCUCUUCCCCUGCUCUUCACGGGCCUAGAGAAAUGUUAUCUCGGGCAUACAGAAAGUCCAAGCUCAUUUGCACCUGUCGCACGGAGAAUAGCAUCCAAACAAUCAUCAUCUAUAAAGUUUUGGACGGAUGUGAUAGCUGACUACCAAUACUUUGGAUUAUCGAUCUCGCAACCUUCCACUCAGCUUGACGUUCAGUGGGCAGAGAUCAAGAUACCAACUGGAGUUCCUGAAUUACAGCGUCGAUGUGGUGCAGUCAACGUCACCCUACAGACUGUGGCACUGCUUGCCUUUGGGCGCUCUUUGAUGCUUAUUGUUGGUCAGCGCGACGUUGUCUUCGGACAUGUAGUCUCCGGUCGCAGCUUUGAUAUCGAGGAUUCGAUGAACGUGAUAGGUCCCCUUUUCAAUACGGUUCCUUUCCGCCUCAAGCUUGAAUCCGCUCAGAAAAGCACCCUCGCAGUCUUGCAAGACAUUCAAAACUUUUCUAUUGAUUGUCAACCCUUCCAAAAUGCCCCGCUAAGUCUUGUGCAAAAGAAUUGGCGGAUGGCAAACAGCGGCAACGGAUCUUCCUUAUUUGACGCACUUUUCACGUUCAACAAGUCAGAUAAAUUCAGCGCUCAAUCAAUCUUUCAGCCAUAUGAGUCCUCUCGCCAACCGGAUAUCCCUCACUACCGACUCAAUGUGGAAUUCGACCAGUCUGCGGAUCACCUUGUUAUCCGUGCAGUAACCCGUGAUUUGCUGACCAAAAAGGAUGACCUCGAGACUUGGACCCAAAACCUUGCCCUAGGGGUCGAAGAAAUCCUUUCAUCUUGCAAUGAACUAGUUUUAAAGUACCCCCCGGGAAUCAAUGACUUACCCAUGGUCAAAGGCCCUCUGAGCAUGGCAGAUGACGCUUCUCUAGAUAACUCUGUUUUCAGGACCUACAUGGAGGGACUGAAGCUCAUACUUUCUCAAGUUACUCAUACAGAGCCUGAAAAGCUCCAUGAGAGCAAUAGCGUGUUUGCAUUUGGCUUGGAUUCAAUUCUGGCACUCGAUGUCAGUUCUCGGUGUCGCAAUGCGGGGCUUGAGAUUUCAGUCGCUGAGAUCCUUCAAGGAGAAACUAUUCGAGGCAUCGCAAAACUCGCCUCAGAUAAGCCGAGUGUAUCCUCUACGCCGACAGAGUCUACUCCGGUCAAAGAAUUUUCUGUCACCUCACAUGCUAGAAGCAAGGCGUUAUCUAUCUUGUCUCUCUCGGACGACAAAAUUGAGGAUGUAAUUCCUUGCCUCAGCGGCCAGAGCUUCUACAUUGCUUCUUGGCUCCGCAGUCAACGAAAGCUUUGGGAGUUUACGUUCCCACUCACGUCUUCUUUCAAGCUUGACCCGGAGAAACUUCAGCAUGCUUGGCAACAGCUUCAACGGAGACAUAGCAUCCUUCGUACGGCCUUUGCUGCUAUACACCCAGAUCAAGUUGUGCAAGUCGUGCGGAAGCCCUGUCAAGACAUGUCAGAAAACAAGAUUCAUAUUGAGCAAGCCUCCGGAGAUCUGAAGCUAUUGAUUCAAGACCUAAUAAAAAGUAUUGGACGCAAAAAAUCUGAUCUUUUCACGCCCCCUAUUCGCCUCGGGCUAGUUCAGCAUGCAGAGUCCGAUGUUAUCCUGCUUACUUUACACCAUGCUUUGUACGACGCAAGAGCCAUUUCAAUUCUAGUGCAUGAUUUGGAGGCUUUGUACCAGGGAAAGGCCUUGCCCCCCCUUCAAACUUCACGUCCUUUGUGCUCGACACACAACAAAAAUGACUACUGGAAAGAAGCACUCGUCAUGGGUCAACGCACAAUUCUUGGUGCACAGUGCCCAGAUGAUCUGACUCCGUUGUGUGUGCAGUCCUCUCAGGCCAUCUUCCCCCGGGAUCUCACCAUCGUGAAGAGUCAAUGCCACGAGAAGAACAUCUCCAUACCUUCUCUCAUGAUACUGGCCAUUGCACGCAGCUUGGCACGUACUGCGGAAGUUUCUCAUCCAACAUUUGGCCUUUUCCAUAAUGGGCGCUCGAAUGAUUAUCCCGAAAUUGACCAGAUGGCUGGACCUACUGUGAAUAUGCUUCCGUUAGUCGUCCCGGAUGCCUUGGUAUCUCCUUCCCAAGAGACCCUGGUAUCUAUGCAGCAGAAGUUGGCCCAGCGUGCUCUCUAUGACCAAACUGAUCUUCAAUCUCUUUUUCGAAAAAUGAAGACAGUUGGUCAAGAGAUAGAGUUCAACCUUCUCGUCAAUAUUCUUUGGAGUCAAUCGAGCAGCGCCUUUAGUAAAGAAGUGGACAGCAUCUUUGCUCCGCUGUCUCUAGACUCUGAGAUCAGGCUUGACUCUGAUGAUUUAAUUACCGAGGAAACUGCCGUUGAUCACUUCGACUGGAAGUGUUUCCCAGGGGGCAGUAGCAUCUAUCUGGAGGUUGGCUACAAUGAGGAACAUGACUCUCUCCUUUGGAAGCUUGACUACACCUCCGUCUCGAUGUCAAAGCAGAGAGCGGAGGAAUUCUUGCAGAGGUUGGAAGAUGAGAUGAAGACUAUCUUGGUCCAUCUUUAA